ACAAGGCGGUUUCUGGAGCGCGAUGUGCAGGAUUCAUCACCACAACAAGCUUACAGAAACACCAAACAGCGACUAAAAGUGAAAAUUACAUUUUGUACGACACCAAAACACGCUGUCAUUAUGAAUAAACUCUUUCUGGUCGUGUUGAAGACGGAAGUGAAUGAAUUCUGAUUGUUUGUGAGCAACGGUCCGUUCUCUGUCAACAGGUGAAUCAGGUCUGUGAACUCAGCGAUGUCUUCCAGAGCUUUGUGGCAGCAGCCCUAUGUGAACAUCUUCAAACAUAUGAGGAUUGAAGAGUGGAAGAAGGUCAACAAAGAGGGAGAUGUCGCCACAUAUAUGGAUAAGACCCUAAAGUGUUCCGUCUUUCGGAUCCGUGGAUCCAUACCUGCCAGUAACUACAUCCUACUGCCCAAAACCAGCAGCCAGUCUCUGGGUCUCACCGGACGGUACCUCUAUCUGCUGUUCAGACCCAGCCCAAACAAGCACUUCAUCGUGCACAUUGACAUUGGUGCCGAGGAGGGUCAGGUGAUCCGUGUGUCGUUUUCUAACAUGUUCAAAGAGUUCAAAUCCACGGCAACAUGGCUGCAGUUUCCUUUCUUGUGUGGAGCCACAGAGGGUUCAGUGUAUGAGAAGACGGCCAGGACUGCAAAACAAGGUUUAGUGGGCCCAGCGCCGCUGAACCCAUGCUGGACUUGCCUGAUGAUGGAUUUACGUUACGUGUUGUCGGUUUAUCUGAAAAGAACACAUAGUCACCUCAAAAGCAUCAAACUUUGUGCCAAUAUGUCAGUCAAAAAUAUCAUCGCCAGUGACCUGCUGUUUGACCCUGGUCUCUCAUUUUCUGAGUUUAGGCAAGCAGGGAUGGUGUUACCGGAAGGCACUGCACCGAUGCCCAGAGAAAUGUGUUUCCCUGUGCCAAAAGGCCAGAGCUGGCAUCAGUUGUAUGAUUACAUUAGGUUUCCCUCAGAUGGAGCAAAGUUACCGUUCGAUUCUAUACAGAAAGGAUCCAACAGCACAGCUAAAACGGAGACACCAGCUGAACAGAGUCCGCAAAGGGAAAACAGUCACACUGUAGGCGUGAGUAAAGCAGUGCAGGAACGCAUCUCCCUCAUUCAGCAGAUAACCACCCCCAAACCAACAAGUACUGCUAAGCAACAAUCAGCAGUCAAGACAACCAGCCUGCCUGAGGUGAUUUAUACACCUUCUGAACGGUCAGAGAGCUCCGGGUCACCAGAUCACAGGUCUCUGGCAGGUGAGGGAGUCAGAGUUGUGUGUGGUGCUGACGAUGACGGUGUGCAUGUGUACGCUCGAUGUGAUGAUGGGGUUUACUCCGACACAACACACAGCGAGGAAGAAUUCACGGUCAUCAAUGCACAUUCUCCUCGCCCGGUCACGCUGUGCUGUGACAAACCGAAGCAACCACAGAAGAUGUUUCCAGACCCCAUUCUGAAGCUCAACAGAAUCAUUGGCUUUGGUGGAGCUACGAUGAGAUGUGCUGUGUGGAGUUCAGAUGGAGAGGAAGUCGUGUAUCCCUGUCACGCCAUCAUCAUCAGCAUGACGGUUUCCUCACAACAUCAGCGAUUCUUCAUUGGACACACAAAUAAGGUGUCAGCUCUGGCACUCAAUGCUGCUUCUACCCUGCUGGCGUCUGCUCAGACAGGCUCGAACAGUCUGAUCCGUCUCUGGAGCUUCCGUGAUGGGGUGUGCCAAACUAUUAUUCCAACAAACAUGCACGCUCUUCAUCUCCUGAGUUUAUCUCACAGUGGAUCAUCGCUGAGUGGUGUGGGAAAGGACAGUCACAACAAAACGAUGUUGAUUCUUUGGAACACGCGGCAUGUGACGGGCGGUGGCGUGGUCCCGCUGGUGGCCAAAGCGCACAUGGAUGUGGACAUUCAGAUGAUGAAGAUCACCUUCUUUGAUGAUACACGGAUGGUGUCGUGUGGUGUAGGUAACAUACGCCUGUGGCGCGUUCAUGGUGGUUCUUUACGCUCUUGUCCGGUGAAUCUGGGAGAGUAUCACAGCUUGGAGUUUACUGACUUCGCCUUUGAGCAGGGUCAUGCUCAGGACCGGCCUGUGGAUGACCGCACGCUGUUUGUCAGCAGUAGGAGUGGUCACAUCCUGGAGAUUGACUACAUUGCUAUGGCAAUAAAAAACAUCAGGAGGCUCCUCCCAGCUCAGGAAAGCCACGCCCACCGCAGAGAAAAACAGACUUUUAGCACAGGUGAUGGCAUUGCAGUGAACAGCAUCAACGUGUGUGAUGAGUUCUGCGUUACGGGCUCAGAGGACGGUUUCAUGCGCCUGUGGCCUCUUGACUUCUCAUCCGUUUUCUUAGAGGCGGAACACGAGGGUCCCGUCAGUUUGGUGUGUGUGUCCUCUGGCAGCUCAAGAGUACUUGCGGCCACAACCAGAGGAAAUCUCGGGUAUCUGGAUGUCGGUAGUCGUGGAUACCAUACACUGAUGAGAUCACACACAACGAGUGUCUUGGGGUUUAGUGUUGACGGAAUUAGGCGGCGUGUGACCACGGUGUCAAAAGACAGCACAGUACGAGUGUGGGACAUGGACACCAUGCAGCAGCUUUAUGAUUUUGUCUCUGAUGAUGAUGAUGACCGCCCCUGUUCAGUUGCGUUCCAUCCCAUCAUGCCUUUCUUCGCCUGUGGUUCGAGCUCUGGAACUGUGAGAGUGUUUGACAUUCAGUCAUCCAGCUUAAUCAUCCAGCAUAGUCAGCACAGUGGGUCUGUAGAAUGUGUGAUUUAUUCUCCUGAUGGUCAGUGGCUGUUCAGUGCUGGUUCUCUUGGUUAUUUGGCCCUGUACCGAGCAUCUCAGCAGGACCAUCAUGUGGUCCGUGUUCUCGGUAAUGUGGUUGCACAGGGAGUAAAUCACGGGCCGGAUAUUUUAGCAGUGAGUUCUGACAGCCGUUGUCUAGCUUUUGUUGGACCGACCGAAUACACGGUCACCAUCAUGGAGGCGCACACACUCAACGAGUUACUGCGCAUUGAUGUGAGCAUUCUGGAUGUUGAGAGCUCAACACUGGACUCUGCCCUAAAUGUGUGUUUCUCCCCCACGUCCCUGUCCCAUCUGCUCAUCACCACGUCGGCCAAUAAGAUCCUGUGGAUCAACACUCACACGGGACAACUGCUUAGACAGGUGUCUGAGGUGCACAAGCGUCAUUGUGUUUCUCUGGCUCUCAGUGAAGAUGGACGGUAUUUGCUCACGACCGGGCAGAACUCCUUGAAGGUGUGGGACUGUAACAUGCACCUGGAUGUCAAUUCACAGGUGUUUAUUGGUCACUCUGAAGUGAUCAGGCAGGUUAGGUUCACACCUGAUCAGAGGGGCGUGGUCACUGUGGGUGACGCCCUCUUCUUAUGGGACUUCCUGGCACAACCACAGGAGGAUGAACGGACUCCCUCUCCUACCCACAGAGCGCCAGUUAUCUCUCCUCGUAGAUUAGCCCACAACAGUGUGGAGGUGAAUGGAUUCCCACUGGCCAGUGAGAAACCUCAGGAGGCAUCACUGCUGACUUCCUCUUUGCUGGUUAUGAAUCGUUCUGCUGGGAAGGACAGUGAAGGUUUUCUGCAUAUGUGUGAUUCCACUGCUGAACUGCAUCUUAAGACCACAACAGGCCACACCCACUCCCCUUCCCCAAAACACGCCUCCUUUCUCAGAGUUACUGAAUGGGUGCGGGAUAACGACACGCCCACAACCCCAACCAAUCAGUCGAGAGCAGAGACAAUGGGGGAAAGUCGCACACAAAUGCGUCCAGACUGCUAUAAACACUUCACUCCACGUUUUAAGAUUUCAGCGCUCGACCAGACUAUAAUAGCCCCGCCCCCAGGACAGGCAGGGCUGAGUCUGAAGGCUGUGAUUGGCUAUAAUGGCAAUGGCCGUAACAAUAUGGUCUGGAAUCCAGACACAGGUUUAUUCGUGUACUCCUGUGGGUGCAUUGUCGUCGUUGAGGAUCUUCACACUGGUUCACAGAAACACUGGUUCGGGCACACGGAGGAGAUUUCAACGCUCGCCCUCACCCACGAUGCACAGAUGGUUGCAUCUGCAUCCGGGAGUGGAGCUUCACACAGCAGCCUCAUCUGCAUAUGGAAGGUUUCAGAUGGGUCCUGUAGUAACCGUCUCUCCUACCACAAGGGAGCGGUGCAAAGUGUGGCCUUCUCCAGGGAUGACAUGUACUUCAUGUCUUUAGGUGAUUUUUCAGAGGCAGUGGUGGCGCUGUGGAGCACUCGAUCAUUUGAGCUUCUCUGUACUGUUCAGAUGUCCAUCCCGCUUCAUGAUGCUGCGUUCUGCCCGUUCACAGCUAAUGAGCUAAUGCUAAUCGGCAGUGAAGCUGUUUUCUUCACUAACUUACAAUCACAUGAACACAGCACGGAGCUUCAGGUUCAGAGGGUGGGCAUACCUGAUGAGGUGGGGCGGGCAGAGGUGACAUCACUAUGCUAUAACACUCGCCGCAUACUUUACACGGGCACGAACAGCGGGCGCGUGUGCGUGUGGGACUGCGACACGCAGCGCUGCUUCAUGACAUGGGAAGCAGAUGUUGGAGAGAUAGGUGUGUUACUGUGCAGUGGGAACAAGUUGAUAACUGGAAGUAACUCCAAAAAACUAAGACUGUGGUCCAUAGCUUCAGUCCAGAAUCUUACGAACCCAAAUAACAAGAAAAGCAGCGCACUGCAUGAUGGAAAUACUCAGGUGCGGUUAGAACAGGAACUGCUUUUGGACGGUACGGUGAUCAGUGCCACGUUUGAUGAUGUCAUGGACAUGGGGAUUGUGGGUACGACCGCUGGAACCCUGUGGUACAUCAACUGGGCAGACAGCAGCAGCAUAAGACUUAUCAGUGGACACAAGACCAAGGUGAAUGGAGUGGUUUGUAGUCCUGACGAACGUCAUUUUGUCACCUGUGGGCAGGACGGUAGCGUUAGAGUUUGGGCAUUACAGAGCAACGAGCUGUUGGUACAGUUUCAGGUUCUCAACCAGAGCUGUGAGUGUGUUUGCUGGAGUCCUCCAAGGGGUGUGUAUGAGCCCGGCGGGCGAGUGUGUGUUGCGGGCGGUUACAGUGAUGGCACUGUGAGGAUCUUCAGUCUGGAAUCUUCUGAGAUGGAACUGAAGCUUAAGCCUCAUCCUGUAGCCGUGUGUGCCCUACAGUACUCACACUACGGUCAUGUGCUGUUGUCUGGUGGUCGUGAUGGUCUUAUUACAGUCAGCAGUCCUGUAACUGGAGUCAUUGUACGUACCUUGCGUGACCAUAAGGGGGCACAUAUUACUACAGUUCAGUGUACCAGCAAACAGUAUAAGGAGUUUGGUCUGGAGGGGAAUGAGCUCUGGUUGGCCGUAAGUGCAGAUAGGCGUGUCAGCAUCUGGACUGCUGAUUGGACGAAGGAAAAAUGUGAGCUGCUUGAUUGGCUGACAUUCCCAGCACCCAACCCACCAGAGGAUUCACACCCAUUGCCACCCAGUCUGGCUGCGUUCAGCCCCAGUGAGAGAGGAGUGGUGGUUUACACAGGCUACGCUGUGGAAAAAGAAAUCAUCUUUUACUGUCUCUACAAAAAACAGGUCUUGAGGACAAUCUCUCUUUCUGACUGGCCGCUGUGUCUCAGUCUCUGCUCUACUGGAAGACUGUUGGCCGUUGGUUCAAACAAGCGUGUGCUGAAGUUGAUUCAUUCUGCCAGUGGCCGUUUCCAGGAUUUCUCAUCUCACAGUGACUCUGUUGAUGCGUGUGGCUUCAGCUGGUCUGGAUCACGGCUGUUUACCGCGGCUCACAAUGAGCUCUUACUGUGGGCUGUACACGGCUUAUAACAUCGGCGCAGAACAUACGACCAAAUAACACUAAACACGUUUGAGCCCUCACAGUUGUUCUGAGGGAGUGUAGAUUUUGGGGGGUUUUUUGGCGUUGCUUAAUACUCCUGUAUGGUUCCAUAGCCUGUUCUGUGAGUUGAACUUUUAAGUUAUCAGUUUGAGAGUUUGAAAUGUUUUAUUUGUUUUUAGUAUUUGUAAUAAAUUCUGAAUCAGUUCAGUAGUUUGGGAAUUUUUACACUCUUUGUUCUGUCUUGUUUUUAUCCCUGAGUGGUUUGGAAAAGAAGUAACAGUAUAUCAUAUUGUAUAUCAUAUUAUAUCUAAUGCACGCAUCCAAAGUAAAUAAACUAUUACGUCCACAGAACUAAAUAAAAUAUGUUCAAGUACCUAACAUCUAACAUUAUAUAAUAUACUGUGAUAAUAUAUAAAUCUUUUUGA